UCUCCUACAAAAUUGUAAACUUAAAGAAGAAUUUUCAAGUUUAUUUCCACAUUCAAGAAAUAAAAAUGUCUCUCAUCAACACCAAUGAUUUCCAGGUUGAAUUCACUCAACAAUCCGCUAGAGUAAAGUCAUUGGACCUUCAUCCGGUGCAGCCAUGGGUCUUGGUUGGUCUUUACUCUGGAACAGUCCAAAUCUGGAACUAUCAAUCAAAGAGCAUGGAGAAAUCGUUCGAGGUUACUUCCAAUAUACCAGUGAGGUCAGCAAUAUUUGUAGCACAAAAGGAUUGGAUAAUAACAGGGAGCGAUGACAAAAUGAUCCGAGUGUAUGACUACAAAACUGAAGAGAAGGUCAAGGAGUUUACAGCACAUGAAGAUUAUGUGAGGGACAUUGUUGUUCAUCCCAGUCUUCCAUAUGUUUUAACCGCGUCCGACGACAAACAAAUCAAGCUCUGGGAUUGGGAAAACGAUUGGGUUUGUACUCGAACCUUCGAAGGACACUCACAUUAUGUGAUGCAGGUGGCUAUCAACCCGAAUGACCAUAACAACUUUGUUAGUGUUUCUCUUGAUGGCUCCAUUAAGAUAUGGAAUCUUGACAAUUCAAAUCCAAUUCAAUCCGUAGCUGCCCAUGACACUGGAGUUAAUUGUGUUGAUUAUUACUUAACAAGUGAUAAUAAACUCUAUAUACUCACUGGUUCGGAUGAUUUUACCACAAAGGUAUGGAACUAUGAAAAUAUGAACUGUGUUGAAGUGUUAAAAGGACACACAAACAAUGUGUCUACAACUCUUGUUCAUCCUGACCUUCCGCUCAUUUUUACUGGAUCUGAGGACAAAACAAUUAAAAUUUGGAAUGCAAUCACUUACAAGCUAGAGAAGACCCUUGAUCAGAGUCUUGGACGAGUGUGGACACUUAAGUAUGACAAAACUUCCAAUCAGAUUGUUAUUGGCUGUGAUGAGGGAUUCCUCGUGGGAAAGUUUGAGCCUUGAAGAAUUCGAACUAUGGGAUGUCUUGGAAUCAAAUUUGAACAGAUUGAUGUCUACCUGAAAGCUGAAUAUGCGUUUUUUGUAGAGAUGAUUAUCACCUAUGCUUUAUUUUCUAAAGGUUUUAGCAUGCACUACGUGCAUUUAGAUCUAGUGCUACAAUAAAUAAAGGGUCAUUGUCCUACAUAUUAAUGUAUUUUCAUACUUUGCAAGACCAUUAAUUUUAGCAUUAAUAUGAUGUUGUUGGAGAAGCUUUAGAACUUCUUUUAUUUUGUUUAAUCUAGUUUUUUUUUUUCCCUUUUCUUUUAUGCACUCCUUGUGUUUUUUUUUUUGGUUUCAUUCACUUUCAUUGUUGGUCGUUCUAUUAUAUUUUAUUCACUUUGCUUUUUUCGAUGUGGCAUACCCCCUUUACAAUUUUACCCCUUCAAUUCCACAUAUCAAUUUUUCAUACUCUAUUUUCAUUUAUUCACCUUUUUCUUACACAAACUCACUUAUUUACAUUUGUUAUCUUACUUUAUUCUACACCCAUUCACAUUCUUCAAUAAUUUUUAAAUUGCGUAUUUAUAGUAAGUGAGUACAGUAGAACAUAAUAGAAUCGAUAUAGUUUUUUUUUUUUUUUAACAUACUUCUUCCGUUUUUAUUUACUUGUAACACACUCUUUUGGCAUGCAUGUUAAGGAAGACAUUAGACUAGGUGAACAAAUAAAUUAAAUUACAAAAUUUUAACACCUAUAAGAAGAAAGGGAUAAGUUGCUACGGUUUAAAUUUCAUAACUUAAUUCAUU